AUGCUGCAAAUGGCUUUGAAGGAGAAGGUGCUCUUUGAAGAAAGGAACCCUCAGGACUACCAGAAGAAGGAGGAGAAAGUCAGGAAUCGGAAGGAAAAAGCCCUACAUGGAGAGUUUGCUCGGCAAACAUCAGGUAGCUGGAAGGCAGUUCUGGAGAUGGUUCAGGAAUGGUUUUAUAAAAAAGGGAACAGAACUGAUCCUUACCGCUUAAGAACAAGCUUUAAGAGCAAUUUUUGUCAAGCACAGCAUAGAUAAAACGUCUGACACACCAAUGUACNCCAUAAAAAAUGUCGCCAGACUGUCUCUAUCCAUCGAGGAAGGAAGAGGGAGGGGGUUCACUGGUAUUUAGGAGUUGUAAAGAGUGAAUGCAAUUUCUUGCAUUGCUACCUGAGAGAGAGAGCACAGAGAGGAUGCUGCAAAUGGCUUUGAAGGAGAAGGUGCUCUUUGAAGAAAGGAACCCUCAGGACUACCAGAAGAAGGAGGAGAAAGUCAGGAAUCGGAAGGAAAAAGCCCUACAUGGAGAGUUUGCUCGGCAAACAUCAGGUAGCUGGAAGGCAGUUCUGGAGAUGGUUCAGGAAUGGUUUUAUAAAAAAGGGAACAGAACUGAUCCUUACCGCUUAAGAACAAGCUUUAAGAGCAAUUUUUGUCAAGCACAGCAUAGAUAAAACGUCUGACACACCAAUGUACAGAUUUUGUGGUGACCUCACUGAAACAGUAUGGCGUAUUUAAGGAUGCUUAACUUGGCCAGAGAGAUUAAUAUAUACACUGGGAGCUUUGCAGAAAGUAUGGCUACCAUUACCUUCACCAGUUGCAGAGAAUGGAGAAGUGAGGAUAACUUGGGAUAUGACUUAUUAUCUUCCUACGAACAAGCGGCCGAGGUAAUCUCGACCAGAUAUUACUGUGGUGCACAAAGGCACACAGGAGGGAACACUUAUCUACAUUGCUGUGCCAACGGACCAAAAUAUCUUUAUUACUGAGGAGGAGACGGUGGAAAGGUAUCAAAACCUAGCACUCAAAUUUAAAUUAAAAGAAUCCAAAGAGGCUAGUGGUAGUAAUACCCAUCGCGAUUGGUGCACUUGGAACUAUCUCGAAGAAUGCAAAUGACUGGUAUGGGAGGUUUAGUCUGCCUUGCAUAUUUGGAAGGUAUAGUUGUCAGCCAUCCUUGGUACUGCUCAUAUCUAGCGGAUCGAAAGUGUUGUAUCUCUAAUCUGCGGGAAGCUGCUGAGACAUGGCUUUGAAAGACCCAGAAAAACACCAGAGAACUGGAGAGUCGUUGAUGGUGAUGGUGAUGAUGUCAGUCCUUAA